AUGGCGACUUCACUCGUGAACUCUGCACACCCACCUGGACCUACUUACCUCGCAUUCGCUCGUGAUGGCUCACGUGUCUACACCGGAGGAAGCGACACAAUCGUGCGGAUAUGGAACACCAACGAAGGAACCACACAGGAACCAGAUUCUGCAGGGGAGGCAAAGGAAGGAGUCACCUGUCUCGCUGCUGGGCACGACUGUUGGUUCUCCGGAAGCAAUGAUUCGGAGGUCAGGAGAUAUGCACAUGCUUCGCCCCAGCAAGAUGGGCUGGUCACCAAUGCUGCUGGAGUCGCUAUCCGGAGUUUGGCGGUAGACCCGCAGGGAAGUCGAAUAGCAGUGACGUCUGAUGAAACCACAGUCAAAGUGAUUGAAUUGGCAGACAUAACGAACGUCGUGCUAUUGAAAGGCCACACGAAAGCCGUCCGUAGGGCUACAUGGCAUCCAUCAGGCUCUCUCUUGGCAACAUGCGGCGCUGACGGCAGAAUAGUGAUCUGGGAUAUCUCAGAAGGCGAAGGAAAGGAAGCCAAGACUAUCGAGGGCGUAAUUCCCGCCGUGGCUAAUACCGAGUCUGACGAAUUCGCAUAUGACUGCUCUGUAGUAUGGCACCCUUCUGGCCAACAUUUCUUUGUCGCGACGCGCACACAUGAGAUCAUCAGCAUCUCUCGCAACGAUUGGUCAAAGUCCUCUACCUUCUCCAAUGAGGAUGUUUCAGGGACAAUCACUGCCCUCGCCCUCUCCCCGAACGGGGUAUACAUCGCUUCUGCGACCAAGUCGGGCGUGUUCAUCUGGUCUACCCAAACACGUCGGCUGCUUUACCGUUUCCAGGAUAUAUCUUCACCGCCCAUCCAAUUAGCGUUCUCACCCUCGCAGAACCUCCUUGCAUGGACCGACCUAGAGGGCGCCUAUACGCGUUGGCAAGACCCCAUCCCAGCCACCGCUCCCCAUCCCAUAAAGCCCUCUACUGCGUCAAGCUCUGCCGGCGUACAGAAGAAGCGCGCGAGGACUCCCACACUAUUUGACACCGAGGCAGACAAGGAAUUUGCGAGGAAGGAUGCGGGUGGGGACGUGGACUUGGAUGAGGAUCUCGGUGCGGAUUUGGACAACGAUGAUUGGAUCCUAGAUGACCUGGGUGGCGGAAUGGACGACGACGCAGAGGACAAGAGGACGAAGGAAGGUAUAAAAGAGAUGGUCAGUGUAACCAAGGCACAGCCCGCGUUUCAGCCUAGCUCGACACCCCUGGAGAAUAAGAAACGAUACCUAGCAUAUAACAUGAUUGGAGUCAUUGAGGUGACGGACCAAGAUACGCACCACAUAGUCAACGUUGAGUUCCACGACAAAUCUGCGCGGAAGAGCUACCACUUCACGGAUCACUUCAAGUAUGACAUAGCCUCCCUCGGUGAACGUGGCGCAGCCUACGCCUGUCAACCCGAGAACGAGCACUCCGCGCAUGUCACUUACAAACCCUACGGUACUUGGGCCACGCAGGGUGAGUGGACAUACGAGCUCCCGAAGGGCACUCGCGUUCUGGGCGUCGCGGCCGGAGGCCCCCCACCGACGAAGUCACUGCGGGAGAAAUCCGACGCCGAUAUGCAGGGCAACGGCAAUGUGGUCAUCGCUACGAGCACGGGCGAGCUCAUUUUCCUGACCGGGACGGGCAUCGAGCGGUGUAUUUUGAGCUUGCAGGGUGACUUCGUGACGAUGGUCGCCUCACCAGAAUGGGUGUUCAUAGUGACUCGCGACGGUGCAACGACAAUGGACGGUUCGCAGAAUCUGACGGGCAGACUCAUUCAAUUCGACGAUUUCUGUGUGUUGCAGAAGGAUGCCUUGCCCGUACCAAAGCGUCACACGGUGAAGUGGAUCGGAGUCACUGAGGAAGGGGCCCCAGCCAUAUAUGACUCUGCUGGCAUUCUCAACGUCAUGCCAAGAUUCCGGCUACCCUUCGCCGCAACCUGGACGCGAGCACUUGAUACCAACGUCUUGGAUCGACGUGAGGGCAAACAGGAGUCAUACUGGCCAGUCGGUGUCGCCGGCGAGACGUUAAUGUGCUUAAUAUUGAAGGGGAGACAAGAGCAUCCCACGUUCCCUAGACCUCUCAUCCAAGAGCUUCCUCUGAAGCUUCCCUUCCACCGUCAAGAUCCCAAGGAAGCACCUCUUGAAGAGCACCUCGCACGUGAAGGAAUGUUACUCGACAUCCUCCGCGACAGCCUUGGAGAUCAGCUUACUACGGACGACAUCUCCCGGCGCGAGCUGGCGCUCGACAAGGAGCUCAUCCAGCUCAUCCAGAACGCGUGCAAGAACGACCGGCUGGCGCGUGCUCUCGACCUCACCAAGCUCUUGCAUCACACCGCGUCUUUCGACAUGGCCAUCAAGGUUGCAGGGUUCUACCACCUCAUCGGUCUGCAGGAGAAGAUAGAAGCACUGAAGGACGAUAGGGAAGAGACGGAUCGCCUGGCGGACGCACGCGAGAAACGCCGACAGCGCGCAAGAGAUCUAACUGUUAUCCCCGCGCCACGGACGGUUUUUGCGGCGGUACCGCGCCAAAAGGCAUUCCAAGAUUUCAAACCACCUCCCGCGAAACACCGUCCGGGGCUGGAACGCGCGACACCCGUUGUGGACACGAACAGGAAUGCUCCUCGCGCCCAACCGCAAGCGAUGAGCAGUCAGUUCUCGGAAGACACUGCUGCUUAUGGCACGUCCUUCGACGACUCUGUGAAUGACUACUCCUUCUCAUCUCCGGACGGCAAAAGGAAGCGGGCAGAGGAAAUGCAGCCUGUGCGGGACUAUCCUUCACCGGGGAUGGACAACGCCUCCAAGCGUCGUGCAGUCGAUGAGCCGGUACCACUGGUAAAGGCAGGUGCAUCAGCUGGGCGAGCGAAUCCUUUCGCAAGGAAAACUGGCACAGACAACAACCGCAAUCCAUUUGCACGAAGCACCGACGUCAACAAGGCACUGCAGAAGAGCGAGAGCUUCUUCUCGAAAGUGGACGCCGCGGAGACGGAUAAGGGAAAACGCCCCCCUGCUGGAAAAGCGAAGGCUAACACCAAGGAGAAAGAGAAGAAGUCGGCAGGACGCCAGACGACGCUCUUUGGCUUGCCCGCGAAUCCGCAAGCAGAGAAGAAGUCAGUCGGGAAGAAAAAGAAGGCCUCCGAGAGCCAGGUCGACUCUCAGCAGACCGAACCAACUGACGACAGCGAGACACAGACAAUGGACGUGACCAUGAUAGAGUCACAGUCAGUUGAUGACGAAGACUCGCAGCCGCUAGCGGACGAGCCAGCCAUGGACGCCCUUCAGACGGAGAUAAACCAGGACGCAGACACAGAGAAUGCUGGAAGUCCGGAACCUAUCGAAUGGCCACCGUCUCCCACGCACGAGAACAAUACCGUUGAAGUGGUUGUAGGUUGA